AUGUCCAUCGUCGACGUCGACAUGUUGGACAAGAAGGAUUUGAAACGCAAUCUUCGCACUGUCCAACGAUACCUCAAACGACUGGGAUACAAGCGCGGCAGUCGUCGUCAGGGAGUGUCGACGUACCACCUCUCCCAGAAGAACGUUCUUGCUCGCGACUUGUACAUCGACCUGAUGCGUCCCCACGUUGGUCACCCUUCGCGCCCGCACAUUGUCUACACGGAUGAGUCCUACAUACACCAUCAUUACAAGUGUCAUCAUCAAAGCUUGUACGACCCGUCUGAUCAACUUGACAUGCCUCCCAAGUCAAAGAACAAGGGUCGGCGGUAUUGCUUUGUUGCCGCCAUACUCGAGUCCCCAACCCUGGAAAGUCGACUGUUGGCCAUCGACAUCUUCACCGGUGGGAAAAGCACGGCAAAGGAACCACAGGACUACCAUGGGUUUGCCCACUGA